ACAAGUUACAACCACCCGUUAGCUUGAUCACGCAUAGACAUGGCAUCUCAAGCAGCAGCAGCGACCAUCCUCGACUCAGUCAUCCUAAAGAUUCUACACGCUCACAAUUUCUCGAGGUCAUCGUCACAGGCAUCCAUCGUUCUUGCCAGCCUCGUUUCUCGCUAUCUCGUUCUACUAUCUUCUGUCUGUGGCAACUAUGCCGAACUUUCAGGACGCUCACGAAUAUCAGUAUGGGAUGUGUUGAGCUCGUUAGAAGAUUUAGGUGUGAACCUGGAAGAAUUAGACGAGUAUUGUGUUUCUGAAGGGAAGGACCUGGGGAGGUAUGCGAGCAGCAGUGCCAGGAGGCUCGACGAUCUCUUAGAAUUCAGAGUCGUCAUUACAGGCUAUCUACAGGAGGGCCACGAAGACGAUGCGAUACCUUUCAUCGACCCGCAACCUUUGUUAGACGACUUUGACGACUACGAUGACUUAUUCGAUCGCUCAACUACCCCAGAUUUCCUCCCUCCACUCCCAGAUGACACGUCGCGCCCGCGAAGCGUAUCGCCAACGCCAACCCCUCACACUGUGAAGCUCGAAAAGCCGCCCUCACUUAUCCCACAGCACAUAACCUCCAACACCGUUUCCGACUACGUGACACAGGUCAACUACUCAGAAUCGGUCCUAGCUACUACCCCAGAGUGGCACCUCCCCUCGCGCCCACCAGCUAGUGCCCUCUCCAGAAAACAGCCACCUCACCUCCCAACCCCCCAAACAGCACAAGCGCUCCUCCAAGCAUACCAUCAUAUCCUCACGCACCCCGUCCCCCCUCCCGUCCCACCAAAUCCCUUAAAGCACAAAGUCGCAACGAUGCUCCUGUCCCAAGUACAAAACAAUCCACGGUGGAACCCUCCAGAUACAUUAUACGCCAACAUCGUACCCUGCCCACCUCGCGUCGCAGCCAUCAGCCCUUCCUACCCUGUCCCGCAGUCGACUCUGGACGACAUACGUGCAGGAAAAGACGACAAAGAGUCCAACAACAAACCUAUAUUUCCCUCUGCGCCUCCGCGCCCUGUAUUUUCCGCAGACAAACCCGUUUUUCUCGUAUCUCAGCAAUCUUCGCGUCUACCAGAUCUCGCGCGUCAAAUCUUGCCUCCCUCCGUGCUCGCGCGCACCACGCGUCUCGCACAUCCACCCGUAUUACAGCGGGGCAACCAGAAACUACAUUAUGGCACCGGUGUCAGCGCCCCUUGGAACUCGUCUACAUCGGGGGCGCCUACUGGUGGAAAAGGUAAAGAUGAGGGUACAGCCAACGGACGCAGCAAUGAACCUCCAACAUUCACAUUACCCGACGCACAAAUGUUCGCUACGUGGGAUUUCGAGGCAAAGAGGCCGCAAGAGGCAUUAGUAGUACGCAGAGGGAGGGGUGUGCCUGCGUCUGGAGUGACACUUUCUAUGGGGAACCGUAAAGGAUAG